AUUGUAUAUUUUAUCAACAACACUUACUAUACAAGAGAUUACUUUCUGCAUAUGUUGAUACAUCAAAAUUUACAAGAGCAAGAAGAAGCGAGUGAAAAAGAGAGAAAAAUGCCGAGCUUGGGCAAUCGCGGCCACAUCCUAAAGAUCCCAUACCCAGCAUCUGGCCAUAUGCUUCCACACAUGGAUCUAACCCACCAGCUUCUUCUUCGAGGCAUUACGGUGACAAUCCUGGUCACACCCAAAAACCUUCACUAUCUAAAUCCUCUUCUCUCUGUGCAUUCUCCUUCCAAAGUUCACACUUUAGUCCUUCCCUUCCCUUCUCACUCAUCUAUCCCUUCUGGAGUUGAGAACAUGCAAGAAGUCACUAUAUCCUUCGUCCCUGACUUUGCCGCUGCCUUGAGUAAACUCCAUGAUCCUUUGUUUCAAUGGUUUCAAAGCCACCCAUCUCCUCCCGUUGCCAUUUGCUCUGAUAUGUUACUCGACUCUUGGACUAAUAAGCUAGCUUCCGAACUCAACAUCCCCAAUAUCAGUUUCCUCGUCGUCAAUGCAAAAACGGUUGCUUCGUGGUGGAUAAAUGAUCUGGACGUUAUGCCAGAAUGUUACAGAGAGCUGCAUCUUGGAUGUAUACGAAGCUGGGGCUUCAUCUUCAACUCGUUUACUGAGUCAGACAGUGAAAGUUUGCAAGUCAUCCAGGAAGAAUUUAUCAAACAUGAUCGUGUUUGGGAAUUGGGGCCGCUACUCCCCAUAAAAUCAAUCAGUAAUGGCCAUGCAGUGAGUACAAUACCCCAAGAUCAAGUCAUAACAUGGCUUGAUUCUUGCCACGUGGACAAAGCAGUCGUCUACGUAGGAUUCGCGACCCAGAUCAGAUUGACCAAACAACAAAUGAAGGCAGUAGCAGCUGCAUUGGAGGAGAGUGAAGUUCGUUUCAUUUGGGCUGUCAAAGAUCCAAUGGAAGAACUGCAAGAGGCCGAUCAUGAUGAUCGAAGCGUUAUUCUUAAGGGAUUUGAAGACCGAGUGGCAGGGAGAGGCCUUGUGAUCAAAGGGUGGGCUCCCCAGUUGGCGAUCGUCGGACAUCGUGCGGUUGGUUCCUACUUCACUCAUUGUGGAUGGAACUCAACCCUCGAGGCGAUCCUGGCUCGAGUACUGACGCUUGCUUGGCCAAUGCAGGUUGACCAUCUGGAAAACACCAAGCUUUUGGUUGAUGAAUUGGGUGUGGCAAUCCGAGCUGAGGGUUUGGAGAGUGUUUCGGAUGCAGCCAAGCUGGCUCGGAUCCUGUCUGACUCUGUGAACAUGAACCGGCCAGAGAGAGUUCGAGCCAUGAAGCUGCGGAAGAGUGCAUUGGAGGCCAUUAAAGAAGGAGGGAGUUCCUAUGAAGCUCUAGAUGGAUUAGUAGAAGAAUUGUCUUCUCAUGGUGCAAUGAAAUAAAAAGAGCAUAAGUAAACGAAGUGAUUAAAC